CAUUCGAUGAGAAAACUGUUUUCUGUAAAAUCGUCACAUAAUUUCUCAAUAUCAACUCGAAAUAUUUCAUUCUGUAAUGGUUUAUGCUUUUUUACUACAUACACUUACCGCUGGGCCGUGUAGAUUGCUAUUUUCGUCUGUGUUUACGCAAGAUUCUUCAUCGGAGCCUAAAGGGAAUGAUGAUCUGAGAGAAAACAUCAAAGAACAACUUCUUCAAGUUGCUAACAGAGUUCAAUCAGAGUUUUCAUUUCGAUACGUUGCAGCAGGAACUGUGAUAUCCCAAGAAAACCUGUCACUCGCUACUACCGAUGAACUUUUAGCACAGUUAGAGUAUGGAGUUUUUAGAUUGACAUCUGGGAAUCCAUUUAGCUCUGAAAAAAUUAUUGUUUGGAAGGGCUUAGCAAAUUGUGGAUUCACAUUAAUCUGUGAGAAAACAGAAAACAGGCAAAUUGCAGAGAAUGUAUUGACCUCGAUUAUCAAGCAUCUACAGGAGUACUGUCGCAUUAUCUUGCAGCCAACUGAGGCUAUUUUAAAACCUGRUAAAGUUACUGCAGUUUUGUUCCAGUUUUUACCUAAUGGGCAGCUUCUGUUCAUGAACCAUCGCUUUGUGAGGCAGCAAGAAAAACAACUUGAACAAAUCAUGGCAAUGAAGUGACUUUGCAAUCAUAACAAGAUGGGGUUUCUGUGGGAAAAGUCAUUAAAUUGUCACCGCUAUGUCAAGUUUCGCGAAAAAACAGAGGCAACC